AUGUCUUCCACGGCCGCACAUGACGGUCCGGAACGUGAUAGAAAGGAUGGUGCGGUAGAACAGUUUCAACACGUGGAAAAUACAAAAGAGCAGAUUGAGGAAAAUCUAGUUUACGAAGAGGAUGAAGAGCCAGAGCUACAUGCGCAGACUUAUUUUGCCUUGGCUGCAAUGUUCUUGCUGAAUCUGGUUCAGGUUUUUGGACUUCUAGGUCCCCCAGCUGCGCUUUCCUAUAUCGAAAAAGAUCUCAACAACACUGUCGCAGGAACUUGGGUUCCCAACUCCCUAUCGCUAGUUCAAGCCGUCCUGGCACCUCUCAUUGCAUCCCUUUCAGAUACAUUCCAGGCGAGAAAAGCAUUCCUUGUCGGGCCAGCUAUCAUCUCGUUUAUUGGCUGUGCAAUUGCCCCCGGCUCAACCGAUAUAUAUCGUCUUAUAGCAGCACAGGUGCUGAUCGGGUUCGGGUUUGCGACUGUUCCGCUGGCUUACUGCGUACCAAGUGAUAUAUUGCCUAGAAAAUGGAGGCCAAUGAUUCAAGCUUUCAUCAAUAUUGCUGCGGCUGGGGGCGCUUGUUCGGGUCCCUUGAUCAUUGGUGGACUGACAAGAGCGAAUCCCCACACUGGGUGGAGGAACUUUUAUGCAUUGGAUUCAAAUGGCUCUUUGGGGCACACUCGAUUUGAUCAUCUCUCGUUCUGGCAGAAGCUUGGCCGUGUCGAUCUUCCAGGCUUUUUCCUCCUAACCGCCGGAUUGACCAUUUUCCUGACUGGACUCAAUCUUGGAGGUGGCCUGUAUACUUGGUCUAGUGCGCCGGUUCUGGCCACUUUGAUCAUAGGAAUCCUCACUUUGGUCGCCUUUGGGAUCUAUGAGUGGAAAUUCACCAAGACUGGAAUCCUACAUCAUGAUCUUUUCCACGGCGGAAAGACUGGUGAUAGUGCUGGCCAUACCUUUGCUAUCUGCAUUGGUCUUAUUUUCAUUGAAGGAAUUCUACUUUUUGCUUUCGUGAUUUUCUAUCCGGUUCUGACGGCGAGUCUGUUUGAAACAGACCCAUUCCUAGAGGCGGCUCGACAAUUGCCAUAUUGGAUCGCUUCGGCUAUCAGUACGGUGAUCUAUGGCUACUGUAGCACUAAGUUUAAGACUAUCCGCUCCCCAAUGCUGGUCGGCUUCAUCAUCUUCACUUGUGGUUUCAUUGGCCUAUCCACGAUUCAACCCAAGAACAACUUCAGUGCCAUGGCAUUUGUCGCUUUAGCUGGUCUCGGCUUUGGAUCUCCCCUGAUCUUGGUAAUUGCCGGAGUCCAGCUCUCAACGCCACAUCAUCUUAUCGCAACAGCAACGGCAGCUACAACUUGCUCUCGGGCCAUAGCGACCGCUGUCUUCACGGCUAUAUUUUCUGCUGCAUUAGGCGCACGUCUUGAUAAGUAUAUUCCUGAGUAUGUUUCCAAGGCAGCCCUACAAGCGGGCCUUCCAAAGUCUUCUCUCGAAGCUUUUAUCAAAGCCCUCUCAUCCGACAACAGUGCAGCCUUGGAAAGCAUAUCUGGUGUCAAUUUGGAGAUCAUCAACUCCGGCGUCAGCGCCCUAAAGCAGGCAUACGCUGAUGGGUUGAGGGUUGUCUUUAUUAUCGCGGUCCCCUUUGGCGUUUUGGCGUGCAUUGCCAGUUUGUUUUUGGGAGAUUUGAAGAAGGCCAUGAAUUACGGUGUCGAUGCACCGAUGGAGAACCUACAUGCCAAGCGUCGCUCAGAAGCCUGA